AUGUCAAUGUUGGGCUGGUUGUUUGAGUUGGAGCGCCAGGCUGCUGGAAUUCCGAGAUCCGAACUUUACAUCGCCUCCAAGGUUUGGAACGACCGCAUUUUUGAGGGUCCUGCAGCAGUGCGAGCACAGUGCUUGAAGUCCAUUGAGGAUUUGCAGUGCGAGUACCUGGACCUGUACAUGAUCCACUGGCCAGUUCCGGGCAAGCACCUGGAGGCUUACCAGGAGCUGAUGAAAUUGAAAGAAGAGGGCAAAGUCAAGUCCAUCGGCGUUUCCAACUACACCGUAGAGGACUUGGCAGAGCUGGAAGCUGCGAAGCUUCCUUUGCCCACGGUGAACCAGAUCGAGAUCAAUCCAUUUCUGUACAGAAAAAAGACCAUUGCGCAUUUUGCGAGCCUGGGAAUCAAAUUUCAGGCCUAUCGCGCAUUGAGCAACUUUGGCAAAUCUGCAUCGCUGGAGAGCGAGGUGGUAGCGGCGCUAGCGGCCAAGCAUGGCCGCAGUGCUUCGCAGAUCCUCGGAAGAUGGUGUGUGCAGAAAGGCUUCCAGCACAUCCCCAAGAGCGAAAAGUUCUCCAGGAUGCAAGAAAACGCGCAGGUCUUUGACUUCGCGCUGGAUAAGGAGGACAUGGAGAAGUUGGAGAACCUCACCUCGGAGGCGACACUGGAAACCUUCAAGUCGACCUACCAGAAGUGCGUCCUGCGCGACACUCCUCUGGAGGCGCAGAAGGAGCUGGCGAAGUCCAGCAUUACGCUGGAUUGCCCCGAUUGGCGCGAAUACUGGGGGUGGUUCUCGGGGCAGACAUUCACCAUGACAGAGAAGGAAAUGGAUCUGUCAGGGGAAAAGCUUUCCGUCGGCGACUUCAGUCUCGGCAAGACGCUUGGUACUGGAGCCUUCGGCCGCGUCAGGUUCGUGACGCACAAAGGCAAUGGCAGACACUAUGCCUUGAAGACACUUAAAAAGGCCGCAAUCAUCAAGAUGAAGCAGGUGGAUCAUAUCAUGAGCGAAAAGCAGAUCUUGGCCAAGCUGCAGCAUCCCUUCAUCGUCAACAUGUUUGGCUCCUUCCAUGAUCCUCGCUACAUCUACAUGGUCUUGGAGUACAUCGUUGGCGGUGAAUUCUUCACACAUUUGCGGAAGGCCGGCCGCUUUGAAAAUGAGCAGUCCCUCUUCUACGCAGCACAGAUCACUUGCAUUUUCGAGUACUGUCAUGAGUUGAACAUUGUGUACCGUGACCUCAAGCCAGAGAACAUCUUGAUCAAUGCGGACGGCUAUGUGAAGCUCACGGACUUCGGCUUUGCCAAAGUCAUAGAGCAUCGAACGUACACCUUGUGUGGGACUCCUGAGUACAUCGCACCUGAAGUCCUGCUCAACAAGGGGCAUGGCAAGCCGGUAGACUGGUGGACGCUAGGCAUUCUGAUCUACGAGAUGAUUGUUGGUUAUCCGCCCUUUGUCGAUGAGGAUCCGAUGGGAAUCUAUCAGAAGAUCUUGGCCGGCAAGAUAACCUUCCCGAAGAUCUUUCACAAGGAGGCUAAGAGCUUGGUGAAGAAGCUGCUUACCCCGGAUUUGGGCAAGCGGUUCGGUAACCUGAAGAAUGGCGCAGCAGACAUCAAGGAGCACAAAUGGUUCAAGGACCUGAGCUGGGAGGAUUUGCUGGCAAAGAAAAUCGAAGCGCCUUUCAAGCCCGCGGUGAAGGGUGCUACGGACACUAGCAACUUUGAUGACUAUCCAGAUUCAGACCAAGAGCCUCCUGCUGUCAAUGCGUCGCAGGAUCCCUUCACCAACUGGUGA